GGGGUGGAGGGGGAGACGUUCGCGCGGCGUUUCCAACCUCGUCCGGGACGACCGUGCGUUCGGCGUACGACAGAGUUUCGCGUGAUUGUUACGCGAGGAGUGACCGCCGGGUUUGUGACUUAUUAGUAUGAAUUUGUUUUCACGGUGACGAGUGCGCGAGAGGAUAUGGAGGUUGUGAGUCGCGUAACGAAGUGACAACAGUGUAGCAACAGGAAACAAGCGCCUAAAGUGCCAGUUCUCUUUAGCUGCCUGCGCCAGUACAAAGCUUAUCUUCUUCCCUUUAAAGUGGAAAAAGAAAGAUAACCUCCAAACAGGCGCAGCCAGUUGAGCGGAAAAGAACAGGCCUAGCGACUGAGAUUUUAACGCCAUGCAUCACCGGCACUAUCGGUCGCAAAGAACGCGCGAAACUCGUGGAAACUAACACGUUUGCAGUAAAUGUAAUACAAUUCAGAUCUAAUAACGAAAAUUUCACUCCGGUGUUGACAGAGGAGGACAAACAGGUCCCGGCGUUCAACGUGUCAAUUUAUUCUCGUGACGCGACUUGCAUUACGUAUGUCGUUUGAUGCGCGCAAUGAUUCACGUUAGGUAAUCGUUGGAUAGACGAGAAUGGCGGUCACUAUCGAGUCUGUGAUAUGCCUGUGUCUGGUGGCGCUUCUUUGGGGAGCGACUAAUCCGUUUCUAAAGAAAGGCGCGCAAGGUCUGGAGGAUGUCAAGGCCGCGUCCUUUUACGGGCAAUUUGUCAAGGAGUUGGCGUUUCUGGUCACCAAUCUGAAGUACAUGCUGCCGUUUCUCCUUAAUCAAUGCGGCUCGGUGUUGUACUUCCUGACCCUGCCGAGCAUCGACUUGUCCCUGGCGAUACCGGUUUCAAAUUCCCUUACCUUCGUCUUCACCGCGGUCACAGGCUGGUUCCUGGGCGAGGAGAAAGCGCACAGAAAUACCUAUCUGGGAAUGAUGUUUAUACUAUGUGGAACCACGUUGUGUUGCUGGGACAACCUGAAUAAAACUGUGGAAGUGUGACUUGUAGAUUU